CAGCUGCUUCCCUCCUUGCGACACUCCCUCAGAGCCACACUUCCUCCUGCACUUUGCUUCUGAAGGCAGCUCCUUCCUAAUCACUCAAAGAAACAGGGAGAGGAGGGGGAAAACCCGUCGCCGAGAAUCUGAUAUAGGUCAGUGCACUGUGGAGGAUCCUGACAGAGAGCGCGACGCACCACGAGGCAACAAUGAACAUUGAACAUGAAAUCAGUCUUUUAGUUGAAGAGAUUCGGCGUCUGGGCACCAAAAAUCCUGACGGGAUGUUGAGUGUGAAGUUUGGUGUACUCUUUGCUGAUGAAAAAUGUGCCAACCUUUUUGAAGCUUUAGUGGGGACUCUUAAAGCUGCAAAACGACGGAAGAUUGUUAGUUAUCCUGGGGAGCUGCUUCUGCAAGGUGUUCAUGACAAUGUAGACAUUUUGUUACUGCAAGAUUAGCAUAGCUUUCUUAAUUACUGUACAUUGUGCUAUUUUUUCAGAUAGAUGUACAGAGUUCUCAGACCGAGGCAAAAUUUGCAUGAAUGUGUAUUUUCCUAUAUAUAAAGAGAAUGAAGACCUAAUGUGAAUGCAUUACUACAAAUGAGUUUAGAUAAAAUGAUAUAACACCCUCCCUUUUUUGGGUCUCAGGUAUUGCAUUUUAAACUGGCUGAAUGGUUUUUGAUGUUUGAAAGGAGAUCUUAUAAAUUUAGCUGUGAUUGCUAGCUAAAAUCCGAUACAAAGGCAUAGAAACCAGAUGAUCACAUUUUUGUUUUGUCUGUUUUUUGUUUUGCUUUUAUUUUUAUUUUUGUAACUAAGGUGGCCACUUAGACCUCGCCAAAAAAGAGAACAAAAUAGGACACAGAUGUGCAUGUGCUAAUUGAUAUAUAUAGUUGCAAAUUUAGAAAAAAAUACUGUAAUCUAAGUAGAAAUGCAAUACAUAUCACCACAGAGGGGAAGAAGACUGUGACCAGGUGAGCUCUGUGGCUGCUCAGUCUUCUGUCCAGGUGCUAACUGUAGAAGGGCAACUUCAAGGUACCUGCUCUCACUUUUUUAUAGUUCUUUAUCUUUAAAUGAGACUCAGGCUACAUACACACUUCACACCUAAAGCUCAUUUAAAGCACAUUAGUUGCCCCAAAGAUUCCCGGGAACAGUAGUUUCUUAAGGGUGCUGGGAAUUAUAGAUUUGUAAGGGGUAAACUACAGUUCCCAGGAUUAUUUGAGAGAAAUAACGCAUGGUGUGUAUGCAGCUGUGGACAAGACAACCCUUCAGACUGAAGAUGUCAUCAAAUCAGUAGCAGUUACUCUAGGUAAAAUGAAGUAAUAAAACAAUGAUAGCAUAGCCACGCCCACAACAUACACUGAAAACACUAUUAUACCAAUUUAGUAGUCACAGAGAACUGUAGUUUGUUACGGGUGAUGUCCUCACAGAGCUACAUUUCCUAGCACCCUUAACAAACUACAGUUCCCAGGAACCGCCAUGACUGUUAGAGUGGUAUAAUAAUGCUUUCAAUGUAUGAUAUGGAUGUGACCAGAGACAGACGGAAAGAAACUUGAAACACCGUAUUUAACAGAAUCUUCAUGUGAUACUUGAAACAUACAGCACUCUUAUGUGAUGCAUCUCUUUCUGGGCUGCAGCACUCCAGAGGGGUUGUGCAGGGAUAUAAAGCUUUAAUGUUUCUCAGAAUGAGGUUGAAGCCAGGUAAACAAGACCACUGCCAUGACACUUUCAUUUUGAAUUACUGCAGUGUAGGAGGUUCUUCCAUAAAACUUAGAACUUGAUUCUCUUGCCCCUCUGAGAAAAUGGGCAACUUGUAUCCAUUUCCCCCUAGAGAAAUUGAGUGGACCCCUUAUGGGCUGCAGUAAGCCUCCUCCUGGCUGCUGUAAUACAGGUCCUUAGUCUGUUUAAGAGAGCAGAAUAAUGUAAGGGUAACGUAAAGGGUCUGUGGUUGGUAGAAUAUGAACAAAUCUCUUUUCAACAAAGGUUGGAAACACUGAGGAUCUAGAACGGAGGAUAUAACAUAAAUGGGAGAAUCAUGUGCGGAAUAUCUCACGAAAGACAGAUACAGUACGGCCCCACUCAUACGGUGGGUUACGUUCCAAACCCCCGCCUAAAAGUGAAACCCGCCGAAAAGUGGAACUCCAUCAAUAAAAUGGCGUCUGAUGCCUGAAAAACACUGUAAAAGUGGAACAAGUGCCGUAUGAGUGGGCCAUACUCUAAUUGAAAGCCGCCGUUUUAGCGGGCUGCCAAAAAGCGGGGCCCUACUGUAUUUCUCACAUGAUUCUCCCAUUUAUGUUAUAUAAAUCAGCCAAAACAACACCAUUUUGGGUAGAAUCAGCCAAAACCACACCACCAUUUUACAAGCACAUUCCAUGAUCUUCCACCUCUCUGCUCAGGACAACUGAACUGCUCUUCAAAUUUAUGUCAUUCAUUCAGUGAAGUAGCAUAACAUUUCUGUCCCAACAGAAAUUCAGGGACAAGGGAAUAUCCAACAUCUUUAAGGAAGUGACAGUACAAUAAAUACUAAUAUUUUCCUACUUCUAAGUCUGUGGUGAAUUUUACUGCAAAGUUCAAACAUAAACUUGAAAUACACUGAUCAUUCUAUUUGUUUUGUACUUUCUUUCUGUGCUGAAUCAAUGUCAAACUGGUCUUUUAUAAAAGUUUGGAAAGGGACCGGAAAGCUUCAGCUAAAGUAGUAAAUAAAUAUAAAUCAGAGAAUUAUUUUUACCCAUCUUAUACUGUGUAAAAUAAAAAAAAAUGCUUUGACUCAAAAUACUUUACUUUGUUUGCACCCUGGUUCAAUAAA